GAAGGGAGAGAUGCAGUAGAAUAACCAGCCCAUUGGCUUUCCCUUUCUUUUUAAAUUUUCAUCUCAGCCUUUCCUGCGCCUCUGCGUUUCAUUUGUUUGCUUUACACCUUUAGAACAGCUCAUAUCUACUUUCAGCGUGAAUUCCUGAAAAGAUGAGGGAAGGUGUUGUGACAGUGUGGAUGCUCGCGGCUCUUGUUCUGCAUCUUGCCAGUCUUUCCGUCUCCGCUGGAAGACCUGUCCUCACCGAUCAUUUUUUGGUUGACUUACGUGAAGGAGGAGAAGCCGAAGCCGAGCAACUUGCGGCGGAAUAUGGCUUCAGUGGGACAAGAAAGCUACCUUUUUCCCAAAGUUUAUACCAUUUUUACGGAAAUGGAAUCACCACAUCCCGAAGUCGACGCAGUGUCAAUAAAAAGAAACAUUUAGCCAUGGAUCCCAAGGUAAAUAAAGUGGAGCAACAAGAAGGUUUCCACAGGAAAAAACGAGGAUACAGAGACAUCAAUGAUAUUGAAAUUAACAUGAACGAUCCAUUAUUUACAAAACAGUGGUACUUGAUCAAUACAGGCCAAGCUGAUGGGACACCUGGACUUGAUCUUAAUGUCGCGGAAGCAUGGGAACUUGGAUACACAGGAAGAGGGGUUACCAUAGCAAUUAUGGAUGAUGGAAUUGAUUAUCUGCACCCAGAUCUUGCCUCCAAUUACAACGCAGAGGCAAGCUAUGACUUCAGCAGCAAUGAUCCCUACCCGUAUCCUCGAUAUACAGACGACUGGUUCAACAGCCAUGGGACCCGAUGUGCAGGAGAAGUGUCAGCAUCUGCCAACAAUAAUAUAUGUGGAGUUGGAGUGGCUUAUAAUUCCAAAGUGGCAGGCAUUCGAAUGCUGGACCAGCCCUUCAUGACUGAUAUAAUAGAAGCUUCAUCCAUCAGUCACAUGCCCCAGGUUAUUGACAUAUACAGUGCAAGCUGGGGUCCUACUGAUGAUGGCAAGACGGUUGAUGGACCAAGAGAACUAACUUUACAGGCAAUGGCAGACGGUGUGAAUAAGGGUCGUGGUGGCAAGGGAAGCAUCUAUGUCUGGGCAUCUGGAGAUGGAGGAAGUUAUGAUGACUGCAACUGUGACGGCUAUGCAUCAAGCAUGUGGACUAUUUCCAUAAACUCUGCUAUUAAUGAUGGACGCACUGCCCUGUAUGAUGAGAGUUGCUCCUCAACUCUGGCCUCCACUUUUAGCAAUGGUAGAAAAAGAAAUCCAGAGGCUGGCGUGGCUACAACAGACUUGUAUGGAAACUGCACUUUGCGUCAUUCAGGAACAUCUGCAGCCGCACCAGAAGCAGCUGGAGUAUUUGCAUUGGCCCUGGAGGCUAACCCAGGUCUGACAUGGAGGGACUUGCAGCAUCUCUCAGUGCUAACAUCGAAAAGGAAUCAGCUUCACGAUGAAGUGCACAAAUGGCGUAGAAACGGAGUCGGUUUGGAGUUCAAUCAUUUGUUCGGCUAUGGCGUACUUGAUGCUGGAGCUAUGGUUAAAAUGGCCAACGAGUGGAAAACUGUUCCGGAAAGGUUUCAUUGCAUUGGAGGAGCCAUACAAGAGCCAAGGAAAAUACCUUCUGAUGGGAAGCUGAUCCUUACUCUUUCAACUGAUGCCUGUGAAGGAAAAGAAAACUUUGUUCGCUACCUGGAGCACGUUCAAGCAGUUAUAACCGUCAAUUCCACUCGGCGAGGGGACUUGAACAUCAACAUGACAUCACCAAUGGGAACUAAGUCCAUUUUAUUAAGUCGUCGUCCUAGGGAUGACGACUCAAAAGUUGGUUUUGAUAAAUGGCCAUUUAUGACAACACACACAUGGGGGGAAGAUCCAAGAGGGACUUGGGUUCUAGAAGUUGGGUUUGUUGGGAGCAUACCAGAGAAAGGUGUUUUAAAAGAAUGGACACUGAUGUUACACGGCACUCAAAGUGCCCCCUAUAUAGACCAAAUAGUUAGAGAUUAUCAGUCUAAGUUAGCAAUGUCCAAGAAAGAAGAGCUGGAGGAGGAACUAGAUGAAGCAGUAGAGAGAAGUCUCAAGAGCCUUUUGAGCAAGAACUAGCACUAUUCUGCAUGUCUGUAUUAUGUUUAUAUUCUCCAUUAUUUUCUGUUAAUCUUUUCAACACCUUUACCAAGUAUAAUUUCCUCGCUGUGUUACAGUAAUGGAAUCUUUCUAGAUAUUUUCUUUUGUGUAGAAAAAAAAUAAAUAUAUAAAUAUAUAUAUAUUUUUACAAUUUGACCCCUAAUAACAAUUUCAAAUUAUAAUAUGCAAUCUGUGCCAGUGUAUUAUUUUUUGCUUGUUUCAUAAUACUUUCGUUGCUGAGCAACAGAAACCAAGGCGAUAUUUAUCAUCGGUUUCAACACUACACAAUUUUGAAGUUUUACCGGAUACUACUUUGAAAUUGUGUAUGCAAAUGUAUUUUGAUACUAAAAACAAGAAUUCCAGUCAUUAAUCCUCAAACGUCUCUGAGAUUCAUAUUAUCAUAUAAUUAGAGAAUAGUAUAUAUUAUAAGAUUCAUUUAGAAAUCGAAUUGUUAAAACUGCCAGUUAACAUUUUCAUCCAAGCACAAUAAUUGUAAACAGGGUUGGAGCUAUUGUUUAGGGGGACCCAUCCAUUACAGGAGGGUUAGGGCCCAAAUCUGAGCUAACGUAAGUCAUGUAGCUAAGUUAUGACCCAACCUGCAGCCCUCUAGCUAUUCAACUAUAUCCACCAAAUUUUGGUGGUUAUUAGUGAUGGGCGAAUAAAUUUGGCAGGCGCAAAUUCGCGGCGAAUUUCCAUGUUUUGAUGCCGGUGAAUAAAUAAACUACAGCAAGAAUUUGCAGGUAAAAAUUCCGCCAUGUCAAAAAAAAAUUGUCGCUCGUCAAAAUUGAUGAGCAUUAAAAUAAUUUUGACGCCCAUUGACUUCAAUGUGUUUCGUGAAUUUUUCACCAUUUCCCAAAUUCCACGGAACACAUUUGCCCAUCACUAGUGGUUAUCAGUGGUAUCCUGGGUAUUGUAAUCAAGAAAAGUAAAGUAAAGGGAAACCAGUAGGUCGAUCCUCCCCUGAUGAACAUGGCCUUAGGCUGAAUUAGUCUUACAGGCCAUGGAACUCAGAAGUGUUUUUUCAUAAAACACAGGUUAAUUGACAUCACUAAGCACUGAUUAUAAAUGAUAGCAUCACUAAGCACUGUUCAUAAGUAUAUCUUUUACAGGUUUAUUGUGACUUUUUUUGUAUUAUACAGAAAUAACUAACAAAUCUGACACAUUUGCUCUAUUGUGUACUUAUAUCAACAUUUUUCCCCAAGGAAAUGCCCCCUCUACUCUACCCUAAAUCAGUCUUGCUUAUUUAUUACCUCAAAGUAAUGAUAAGGAAGGACAAGGAAUAUCCUACACCCUGUACUGUAAGGAUUCUCUUCAUGUCUACUGUCAUAAAGUAUAUGUAUAAAGGUAUAUUAAAUUAAACAUUUUAUAUGUGGACAGAUGUAUUUUAUUUGGAGAUAUUAUAAUAACCAAAGUAAUAGUUUUAUUUUGUGUCUAAGAAGGAAAAAAAACAAUGGCCACAUGCAUGUGUAUUUAAUAAAUAACAUAGAAUAUUUGUUUUCAGAUUUUAAAAAAAAACAUUCUGUGAAAAUAUCAGAUGAUCCUGUAGAGCUGAUUUGCAUUCUUGUUUUGUCAGAAUAUUAAAUGUCUUAUGUAGCAAGAA